AUGCGUCUCGCCCUGAACCUAUCCGUCUUCUUCCUCGUUUCUGGAAUUGUAGCAGCCUCUGAGAAAAACCACUGUCACAACACGGCCGAUCCCCAUGAAGGCCUCCCCAAGAAUAUUUGCAUGUGCCCGGAUGGUCGUUGCUACAACGAUAUAGAUGGUGGAGUUUGCGAGGAUCUGAGUGAGGAGACUGUUUGUAUUACGUAA